AUGUCCAGCACCGAAGGAGCACCUCCGCGUAAACAGACACGUAAGGAAGAGGUGAUUGUCGCCGGCAGUGACGAUGCAGCGAAGGACUACGAUGCCGAGACACAAAAGGCGCUGGAGGAGAUCGACAGUUGCCAAAACGAAAUAGACUCGUUGAACGAAAAAGCUAGCGAGGAAAUUCUCAAAGUCGAACAGAAGUACAACAAGCUCAGAAAGCCGUUUUUCGAGAAACGUAAUACUCUCAUCAUGAAGAUACCCAACUUCUGGGUGACCGCGUUCGUCAAUCAUCCACAGAUCUCAGCGGUUCUAGAUGAAGAAGAAGAAGAAUGCCUGCAUUACCUGAUAAAACUCGAGGUGGAAGAAUUCGACGACAUCAAAUCGGGAUACAGGCUAAAGUUCACUUUUGAGGACAAUCCGUUCUUCGAAAAUGACGUCUUAGUGAAGGAAUUUCAUCUUGGCCAGUCAGAGCCCACUUCAACAUCGACUGAGAUAAAGUGGAAAAACGAAAUGGAUCUGACAAAAAAUUUGCAAGAACAAGCCGCGAAAGCAGGCAAGAAACGACCACACGGACAACCCCGUACAUUCUUUUCUUGGUUUAUUGACAACAGUGACGCCUCUUCUGAUGAUAUCGCCGAGGUCAUUAAAGACGAUUUGUGGCCAAAUCCCCUGCAAUACUUUCUUAUUCCGGAUAUUGACGUAGGCGAAAAUGGUAUCGAGGGUGAGAGCGACGAGGACGAAGUUGAUGACAGUGUUGUGGUGGUUGAAGAAGAGGGCGAGGAAGAUGCAGGUGAUGACAACUAUGAAGACGAAGGCGAUGAAAAUCCAACGACCGAUUCUUAG